CUGAGGUUUUGGGAGAAUGUUUGGGAUGAAGUUUAAGAAGCUUCUAAUAGCAUUAUUUUGAACUAAAAUAUGGCUAUCUGGCGUUCUACAUCUUCGUUGUAGUACAUUAACUACCAGACUCGCAUUUUGUGCCAUCGUCUCUUAUUUUUUAAAGGAUGAUUGAAAUGUUGUAAUCCUUUAGGAAAUUAAUUUUUGUUCAGAUAUCAUAAAGAGUAGCUCAUGAAAUUGCUUUAGUUAAGUUUAGUGUGUUAUGUAUUCCUAUUCCGUAUUAGUACGUUAUACUGACACAGUGACAGUGAUACUGUGUCACAGCGUCUGACAGUUAAGUCAACGAAACAAAAUACGCCUCUUGCAAGGUGGUAUUGUUACAGUCUGUGGUAAAUUGAUCAGUAAAUCAAAUUGUAAACCCACGAGUUAAGCCUGAUAUUCUCAUAUAAGAAGGAUAUUUUUUUGUUGUUGAUAAGUUAGAGGGCAAUGGGAACAAAGCUUAGUACUAGUGUCCGUAACAGUUCAGCUAAUGAAGCCAAUGGCUCUCCAUCUACAACCAGUACAAGUAAUUUUGGAAUAUUAGGACAUGGCCAGAGGACCGGUACCAGUGCAGCGGAUGCUCGACAACGGACUCGGAGUCUUACGAGUGUGUUGCACGUAAAUAGGACUUCUAGCCAGCCUCUAGGCAUACCCUCAGGGCCUGGUGCUAUUUUAGGAGGGCCUGGCUCACCUGACUCGGAGACUAAUACCCCCGAUGAUACAUCUUUCAACAGAGUGUUUGCUGCCCAUUCUUUGCCUGCUCAACUGAUGUCCCUGAAUGGGAUUAAGUGUCCAGUGUGUUCCAGGUUUGUGAUUCCUGAUGAUGUGGAAUACCAUCUGGUGAUGUGCUUGACCAAGCCAAGGAUUAAUUAUAACGAGGAUGUGUUGUCAGAGGACAAAGGAGAAUGUGUAAUAUGCUUGGAAGAGCUUAUUCAAGGAGACACCAUUGCUAGACUCCCGUGUCUUUGUAUAUACCAUAAAGUCUGUAUUGAUGCCUGGUUCCAAGUGAACAGAUCUUGUCCGGAACACCCAAAUGACUGACAGAGAAACUUAUUCUUCAAAGCACGAAUCUUAUGCAAAGAUGGCUUAGUUCGAACUGUGUAUGUACUACUAACUACUGGGGAACACUCAAAAUGCAAGAACCAGUGUGAAAGAUUCGUGGAUGGAUAUCAAGCGUGUGUCUUUAAACAGUUAGUAAGAUUAUUGUUUCCCCAUACCACUGUAUUAGCUGAGUAAGUGGUACAAGAGCUCUGUUGUAAUCGCAAGGUUCGUGUCUCUGAUAAGUGUAUAUAUAUAUAUAUCACUAGUUUGUCUAAAUAACGUUGUGCCUUUCUGUAAAGUAGAAAAGAAAACAGUCCCACGGUUGUCUUCUUUAGGGUGUGUAAUAGUUCCCGUAUUUCCCCAUCUUUCACAAGAAGUCUCUCUAGUUUUAUAUACACUCUAGUGCGGUUAACAAAACAAAAGGACUGGUUUUGUAUACUAUCUAGUAUUUUAUUCCCACUUGUACAGACCUAUAUAGAAAAAUUAAACCGAUAAUUCUAAUGUAACUUUUUUUUUAAAGGUUUUUGGGGACAUCAUUUUUAAACAACUAAAAAUUAUAUAUUCUUGUUGUAGUUCCAUGCAAUAGAUGGUUUUAUUACAAAUAAAGUUAAAAAACCCACACGUGAUUUGCUGGAAAAGUAUUUGUUCUGUUGAUGGAACUCGCCCAGUGGUGGUAUUAGUAUUUUUGGCCGAUUAUACUACCAAAAUAAAACAUUUUUUUUUUUACUGCAGGUCGGAUUUUUUUAAGGUUUAUUGUAUAAUGAUGACCAGAUUACUGCUUAAUAUUUUUUUAGAAAGCUUCUUUUUAGGUAAUUAGAAUGUUUUGUUUCGUAUUCAAAGUAAUUAAAAUAUGAAGAAUUAAUUUUUUUUAUGUAAAUAAUAUAAAUAUGCUAAAACAUUUAUACUUAGAAUGUUUUACACUCAAACCUAAGCUAAGUGUUAAUAAGGCACCUUUUUGAAACUUUUGGGCCAAAUGUUGAUAAAUUUACUUUAUGAACAUUCCAAUGAAAGGAGUGUUACUACAACCUUUUUUUUUUUGUUCAAGAAAAUUGCCUUCUGAAACCUAAAAAACAACCAUAAAAAAAACUAUACAUUUUUAAUAGAACAUUACUGUCAGUUCCCAUAAUUUGUUUUUUACGUGUUUAUUUAUGACAGCGUUUUAUUAACAUUCUCAUGCAUUGAGUAUUUUGGAAUAAAUUACACAAAUAACCCUUAAUGUAUAACCCUGUAUGAAAUCCUUGUAGCUAUCAUUUAUAACCCAUUGGACUUGCAGAGAUGCUUUGUGUAAAUUUUACACUUUUAUCACUGUAGCUUUUGAAUAGUUAAACAUGUGAUAAUUUGUUUUUGUUCUUUUGUGUUGAUAACAUAAAUAUUUAAAACUUUAGCUGGGUAUUUGUGUUGAGACUAAAUCUAAUACUUAAAGCUCUGGCUUGGUGUGAAUACUGAAUCACUAGUAUUUGUAGCUAUGGCUUGGUGUGAAUACUGAAUCACUAGUAUUUGUAGCUAUGGCUUGGUGUGAGUACUGAAUCACUAGUAUGUGUAGCUAUGGCUUGGUGUGAAUACUGAAUCACUAGUAUUGUAGAUAUGGCCCAAGCCUGUGACUUUGAAAUGGCUAAAAGACAAUAAAAUAUUUAAACGUUAUACAUUUUAUCAGUAUCAUCAGGAGGUUCAGUUAGAAUACAACUGAUAUUGAGGUAAUAAUAUAGAUAUUGAAAUGCGAGUCUAAUGGGAAUGAUAUAUGUUUGAUUUCUAAAUUAGUCUUUCAAUUAUAGCAAAAAUCUUCUCUGGGUGAUAUUGUACUACAAUAUGAUAGAUACAGUUUGUGAAUAUUCAAAUACUCAACCCACAGGAGACAGUAACGAUUGUUAAAUUUUUCAAAAAGUCGCUGAGUGUUGUUGGACACGUAACGUGCUUCUUUGUUUAGGUUUAAGUCAGUAAAGAAGUAAUAUUGUAUCACUUUUUAUAUUGCAAUUUAAUUUAAACUAAAUUAGAGAGUCUGUAACCUAUGUUACCGAGUCUUUCCCAACAGUGUACGAAUCUCUAUUCAGUGUAAGUCGAAAAGUUGCUCUAACCAAUUUGAUUUCUUGGAAGAUGGACAGCCUUCAUUUCCUUUUCUAAAUACAUAGAUGUGCACCAGGUGUGUUACAGCAAUUACAGAUCUGGUGUUAACAUUACUAUCUUGAUAAUGUAUAAAUGAAGUUUUAGUAAAAUCUGUUACCAACCUGUUCGGCCCAACUUGUUUGUCCCAGUGAUAAGCCUCCUAGCUUAUUAAAAACUGAACACCAACUUUAGACAGAUAUUAUAUUUGUUAUUGCUGGCAGUGAUUCUGAUGUCCAGUCAGAAAUGGUCACUAGCGUUGGAUCGAAACCUCACUCAUUAUCAACAGUGGUUCUACUUGCCCACUCAAAAAUGACCACCAACUUUGGAUUAAAAUCCAACAUGGUGAAAGCAGUGGUUCUGCUCGCAGAGCGAAAGAUGACAGUAAAUAUAGUUACUGCAUAGACAAAAAGAUACAGAAAUUAAAAAUGGCAAGGAACUUUGGAUUUAAAUUCAACUUGUUGUCUUCAGUGAUUCUGUUUUCCCAGUCAAAAAUGACUAUUAAUAUUGGACAGAAGUAAAAAAAACUACUACAUGUACUUGUUUUUUCAGUGUAAACAUCUGAAAUAUUUAUUUGUUUUUGGCACAAACUUCAUUAGUGGUAGUGUUAAAUAAUUGAGUCUUGUCAGUAAAAAAAAAAAAAAAGAAGUCUUUAAAUCACUGAACAAGCUAGUUAAAUAGGUUCAUGUUUUGUAAAAAAAUGGCUUUAUUAAGCAAAGCGUGAGUAAUGUUAUUCAGUUUAAGUUUUUGUAAUUUAUAACAUAAAGUUUGUUGCUUUCAUGUUUUUUUUAUGAUAUGUAUACUUUUAUUUUUUAAGUAUGGCUUUGCCUUAUGCUCCAAAGCAUUAUGACCUUUAUACCAGAUUUUUUAAGCCAAACUUCGUGAGGCAUACAGCUUGAUAUAUAUCCGUCAGUUAACAAAUUAUGUUGGUACAGACUGACUUGGAUGCAUGUGAUUUUCAAUACUAUAACACUGACGACGGCUGGAAAUAACGCUGUCCGUCAAAUUAUGAAAUGAGAGUAGAUAAAGUGGUUGAGGGUGUUUUGUCACAAACCUAUUCACUGAAAAUAAAAGGACUGGUUGUAUGGAGACAUUAUGGUGUACCGUAAAUAACUGAAACUACCACGAUCCAAGAACUUUGUGGGUUCGUGCUCAACACGUAAGAACCCUGUUUCACAACAUCACCAGAGUUCUUUUGUCAGAAAUAAGCUCCUUCUAAAAAUACAAACUUCCUGAAAAUGUUCUAAUUUCUGUGGUCUAAUUCUUGAUUUCUAGGUUGUAUCAGUCCAAUAUGCACUUUUUAAAGUAGUUUCUGAUAAACUGUGUACUAGGAAUGUUGAAUCUGAAAGUAAGAUCCUUAUUUAAUAUUAGGAUCUGGGUUUGAGAGUAAGAUCAUUAUGUAAUAUUAUAUAUGUAUAUAUAUAUAUGCAUAUUGAAUUUUCAAGUGAUCUGCCUACUUUGUAAUUACACAGUUUGCAAUGUAGUUGAUAGGUAAUUGAAUGUGCAUUAGUUCAGUGGUUCCCAAAUGCUGGUCGGUGGACCGGUGCCAAUCCACAGGGAGGUUUCAGUUGAUCCACAAGACAGGUGCAAAAAAAAAAGUGUCUUUUAAAACACAGCUACUGAAGUAUAUUGUUGUACAAUAUAUUUUAAAAAGUUAGUAUUGUAGAAAACAGUCCACGAAAGUUUGGGAUCCAAACUAGCUGGUGCUAAGUUGGAAAAAAAGAUUGGGAACCACUGCAUCAGUUUAAGGAGCAGAACCUUUAUCAUUUUAAGUGUUGGUGUAAAAGUUAAAAUGUCGAAUUAGAUUCUUAAGUCCAUGUGAUUGGUGUGUAUAUGUGUGUGUGUGUUAGUAAUUAGUUACAAGAGUAGUGACACGGAAAGAAAUUAGCACUUAAGGAAAAUAAAACUAUCACGUUUCUCUGUGCGAAUACUAAUUAAUUUAUUUAUGCAAGUAUUAGGGUAAGUGUGUACAUAAUUAAAUUAGCACUCACAUGGAGAAAUGCUCUACAGGUCUCCUUAAGUUAACAUACAAUUGUUAUUGAAAACAAAAGUUAUAUCCUGCAGGAAUAGGGUAAUCACACCCACAUUAAACAUAUUGUUACUGUUAUAAAAAAACAUUUAGUUGAAAUACUGUUAUUAUACAUUUUCAAUUCUUGAAA